AUGCUCAAGACCUUUCAGCUUGGUGUUUCCGUGCUUGGAUUGCUCGUAGGGGUGUGUACGGCGCAAACAACUGUUAGCGUCAGUGCGACGGCUAGCCAUGCCAUUCCGACGAGCUUAUGGGGAGUUAUGUAUGAAGACAUUAGCGUCAGUGUUUCUUGUUUUGACGUUGUGCCGGUUGUACUGAAACAGACAUUCAUAACCAGCAUGUUCAGCGGGGACGGCGGCCUCUAUGCCGAGCUUCUUCAAAAUCGCGCCUUUCAGCAAGUAACGCCAGGCACUACAGCGGCACUGAAUGCUUGGCAGGCAAUCAAUGGUGCAUCGUUAGCUGUAAUUGCAGAUACUCAGCCGGUUUCUUCUGCUCUCCCUAAUGCGCUACAUGUCACUAUUCCGGCUGGAAGUACCGGCGCCGUUGGCUUCGGGAAUACCGGAUACUUUGGUAUCAAGGUAACCCAGGGAAGCGUAUACACUGUCUCUUUCUUCUACCGCUUUCCCACCGCAAGCUCUUUUCUGGGAAACAUCAAUGUUGGACUCCAAACGACAUCGGGUCAAAUUCUCGCUAGCAGCUCAAUUUCUAUAUCGGGUUCCCGAACGUCUUGGACUCAAGUGAGCGCCAGGUUAAGACCGGCCACUACUCCGGCAUCUACGGCGAAUAUGUUCACUGUCACCGUGGAUGGUACUGCAGCUGCAGGCCAAACAGUCAACUUCGCGAUGUUUUCGUUGUUCCCGCCGACGUUCAAGAACAGGCAGAACGGCAUGCGCGUGGAUAUUGCUAACGUGGGUAUUCCUAAUAUCUUUGGCGUUUCGGGAGGAACCAUCGCACAACGGUGGCAAUGGAACGCGACAUUAGGACCUCUUGUCGAUCGUCCAGGCCGUGUUGGUGACUGGAGCUAUAUCAAUACCGAUGGGUUGGGUCUCUUGGAGUAUCUUACCUGGUGCGAAGACCUGAACAUGGAGCCUAUAAUGGCGGUCUGGGCAGGCAUGCUUUUCACCUUUUCUUCCCUUUGCCAUUUAGCUGAUUUGCACCAAGGAUUCGCACUGGGAGGCGCAUCUGUACCGCAGGACCAACUAGGUCCCUACGUUCAGCAGGCGAUAGAUCAGAUCUAUUUCACUAUCGGUGAUCCCGCUACUAAUGCAAAUGCGGCGCUACGAGCGUCUCUCGGUCACCCAGAACCUUUCAAAUUGAAAUACGUCGAGAUUGGUAACGAAGCAAGACUUUUUUGCAUCUUCGACAAAAGAUAUACCUAUCGAUGGCCAGCCUUCGUCAAUGCCCUCAAGGCAGAGUUCCCUGAUCUUCACUAUAUUGCCACCACCUUUCCGUUCAACCCGGUCCUCUCCCCGACUCCCACCGAAUAUGACAAUCAUCUCUACACUUCUCGCUCCGGAAUGGUUCAAAACGGGUUCUUCUACGACGAUGUUGCGCGCGAUGGUACACAAUAUUUUGAGGAAACAGCGACAUCGUAUUUGCAGCGUCAUUUGCUCCUGUCCUCAAUAAAUGUCGCCUCUUCCCAAUGGCAUCCCAACUUGAUCAGUUUCGACGCUGGAUCGGUUUAUCUCUCAACGAGUUACUACGCUCAGAAGGUCGCGCACAACAACCCAUCGACCCUUGCCACCUCUGACUUUAUUAUCUUGCAGCUCUUUAGCAGGAACCGUGGAGACGAAUACAUACCAAGCACCUUGCCGGCCCGUGACGGCACAUUAUUUUGGACAGUAGUCCGAAAGACAUCGGUAAUACCAAAUGAGCUCAUUAUCAAAUGGCCAACGCUUCCGCCUGUGACAUUCAGCCUUCCUUUCAGCUCAGUUUCAUCUACGGCGCUAGCACAAGUCUUGACGGGAAGCGCCACCGCCAGCAAUACUCCAUCGACGCCACAGCUUGUCAUUCCGGUGAACAGCACCAUCGCAACCGGUCAAACUUUCACCUAUUCUGCGCCGCCUUUUAGUCUGAGCGUCCUUACAUUGACCCUGUAA